GAUGCACCACGAGCGGUUCCCGUCGCCGACGGCGCGCGCCAUGCUGCUGACGACGCCGCAGUGGGGCACGUUCUCCAGCCUGCUGACGGCGUGCUGCGUGUUCCGCGCGACCUUCGUCAUGUCGCCGCUGGAGCCCAGCGUCGAGCACGUGCUGCACUUGAUGCAAAGCUGCCGCCAACUUGGACGUUCUUCGGGCCACUGUCUGCCAUGCAGCUGGCGAAGGCGGCGACGACGCCGGACCACUUCAUAUCGCUAGAGACCGUGCUGACGCUUGGCUCUCAACUCACGCCCGAAAUCAUGGCCGCUUUAAAAAAAAAAAGAAACAGGACGGCAACCUCGGACCUCUCGUUUCGAACAUUACAGAACCGCGAGGCGCGCGCGCGCGUGUCCGCGGCGCAGCUGCUGCUGCACUGCAUGCGCCAGGCGCCCGACUUCGUCUGCAUGAUCAACGGCGCCACCGGCGAGCAGACCACGAACCGCGAGAUGCUGGAGCUGGCCAUCCCUUUCGCGCGCAAGCUGCGAGCCCAGGGCCUGAAGGGGAAGACCGUGAUGCUGGUGGCGCGCGACCACGAGCGCACCGUGGCGGUGUACCUGGUCCUGCUGCUGGCGGGCGUGCUCGCGUACCUCACUGAUCCUGGGGCCACUAAGUAUGAGUUGCAGCACUACUUGCGGCUCGUGGAGCCCGCGCUGGUGUUCUGCGACGAGGCGACGCAGGCGGCGGUGCGCGUCGCGACGGCCGACGCGCCCGCGCCCGCGCACGUGCUGCCCAUACACGACGACGCGCUGCUCGACUACAUCCAGGGACACACCGACGACCUUGACUCUUUCGAAGCGGAGGACAGCGAGGAGGGCGCGGCGAGCCUGCUGCUGCCCACGAGCGGCUCCACGGGGCUGCCCAAGGCGGCGCAGUACAACCACCACGGCCUCGUAUCGCAGCUCGCCACCCCGUGCACGACGGCGGCCGGCUGGCUCCGCACGGGCGACGCCUUCCGCCAGGACCGCGCGCGCCGCCUGCACUACUGCCGCCGCAUCAAGUUCUGCUUCAAGUACGAAAACCGGCUGCUAUCUCCUGAGGAGUUAGAAAAGGUAAUCGGGCAGCUGCCGGGCGUGGCGGAGUGCGUGGUGAGCGACAGCGCGCGCGGGCCCGCGGCCGCCGUGGUGCUGCGCGCCGGCGCCAGCGAGCCCGACGCGCGCCGCGCCAUCCACCGCGUCGUCGAGACGACGCUGAGCGACCACAAGCGGCUGCGCGGGGGCGUCGCGUUCGUGGCCGCCAUCCCGCGCACGCACACCGGCAAGGCGCACCGCCAACAAGCCAAGGACCUCAUCCAGCGCCUCAUAGAGGAAGGCAUUUGCUACUAUUAGCAAUAUUUCAAAUAUCAUCAUUAUUUCAGCCAUAGGACGUCUGAAAGUAAAUUUUUUAUGCAGCUAUUUUAUUACAGACCUGACAUAUGAAAUGAGUCAAUCACAUGGAAGUAACAGUUCAUUAAUAAAUAUAUUUUUCUCGGUAUCUC